AUGGCGGACAACUGGUGCACGAUCGAGUCUGAUCCUGGUGUGUUUACCGAGCUCAUUGAAGAGAUUGGUGUCAAGGACUGCCAAGUGGAGGAACUCUACGUCUUAGAUCAAGAAAAUCUGCAGCGCCUCAAGCCCGUGCAUGGCUUGAUCUUCCUCUUCAAGUGGCGUGCCGACGAAUCGGACAACAGGGCUACCGAGAGCCCGUUCGAUACCGACGUCUUCUUUGCCAACCAAGUGAUCAACAACGCCUGCGCUACCCAGGCUAUCCUCUCCAUUCUCCUCAACGCCAGCAAGGUGGAUCUUGGUGAAGAGCUUGCCCAGUUCAAGGAGUUCUCGCAAGAGUUCCCUCCCGAGAUGCGAGGCCUGGCCAUCAGCAACAGCGACCUCAUCCGCAGGGACGAGUCGUCGGAGGACGUCUACCACUUCAUCAGCUACCUUCCCUAUAAGGGUCGCCUCUACGAAUUGGAUGGUCUUAAGAAGGGUCCCAUUAACCUCGGACCGUGCACGGAAGAGGACUGGCUGGAGAAGGUUUGCCCUGAGAUUCAGAAGCGCAUUGAGAAGUACGCUCGGUCCGAGAUCCGAUUCAACCUAAUGGCCAUCAUCAAGAAUCGCGUCACCGUGUACAAGGAACAGGUCCAGGACUUCGAGAAUCAGAAGGCCGAUGUCAACACCAGACUCAUGGACCUGCAGGAUGGUCCUGAGGCUGACAACCUGAGGCAGCAGCUUGCUUUGCUGAAUGACCAAAUCAGCACCUGCCAGGAGGCUAUCAAGCUCGAAGAGGACAAGAGGAAGAACUGGCGAUUGGAGAACAUCAGAAGGAAACACAACUACAUCCCCUUCAUCAUGAACAUGCUCAAGAUUCUCGCAGAGAAGGGUCAGCUUGUUGACCUGGUGGAGCGGGCCAAGUCGAGGGAGGCUGAAGAGAAAGAGCGGAGGAAGGACAAGCAGUAA